GAAUUUAACAUUCCGUCCAACAACACUGGUUUAAAUCGCGGAGCGCCCUCUUCUCCUCCUCCAAGCGUUUUGUCUGAGCCAUGUGGGGAACCCUUCCGGCUCUGCUAUGUACAACACUUUCUUUGACUACCAUCGUUAUUUACCUUAAAAGAUGAGUUUGUUAUGAAACAUCUGAGCUUCCAUAAACUGCGACCUAGCCUAAUUUUGUCAUCGGCGCCCAGCGGAGACGAACAAUGGCAGCGCAGGACAAUAUUACGCCUGUGCAACACAUGAUCUGUUCCUGCACCGGAGCCUUGGUAACAUCGCUCUUGGUGACACCGUUGGAUGUCGUAAAGAUACGACUUCAGGCGCAACAGAAGCAGUUCGUUAAAAACAAGUGCUUCCUCUAUUGCAAUGGCCUGAUGGAGCACAUGUGCUACUGCCUGAAUGGCAAUGGAAAUGGCAAUGGACACAACAUGCACUCAAUGGCCUCUGGAGGGCAAUGGUACAAGCGACCAGGACACUUCAAUGGAACAUUUGAUGCUUUUAUAAAGAUAGCAAGAAAUGAAGGCAUCACAUCUCUCUGGAGUGGCUUACCUCCAACCUUAGUAAUGGCUGUUCCAGCGACCGUGCUCUACUUCACAGCCUAUGACCAGAUCAGAGGAAUCUUGUGUGCUCGCAUGGAGGUGCAACUGGCGUCGCAGCCUAUCUGGAUUCCUGCUAUGUCAGGGGCCACUGCUAGAGUGUUCUCAGCAACUCUCAUCAGUCCACUGGAGAUGGUUAGAACAAAGAUGCAGUCCAAGAGGCUCAGCUACCUUGAGAUAGGGCAAGCGGUGAGGAGCCUCGUCAACGCAAGGGGCGUUCUCUCUUUGUACACUGGACUUGGACCCACGCUUUUACGGGAUGUUCCUUUCUCGUGCAUCUACUGGACUAUGUAUGAACUUUUAAAGCGACAGUGCAAGCAGACCGAACCAACAUUCAUGUUCAGCUUUGCUGCUGGGGCCAUGGCAGGAACUAUUUCUGCAGUCGUCACGCUUCCAUUUGAUGUUGUCAAGACCCACAAGCAGAUUGAGCUGGGUGAAAUGGAACUUAUGAAGGAGAGGCGGUCCACAUCAACGUUCACCAUAAUGAGGGACCUCUACCAGAGUCGCGGUGUCAAGGGCCUGUUUUCUGGGAUCGUACCGAGGAUCUCCAAGGUUGCACCGGCAUGCGCUGUCAUGAUCAGCACCUACGAGUUUGGCAAGAAGUUCUUCAGGCAGAAGAACGCUGCCAGGAGGAGCGCCGGCGUUCUGUAGGUUUUAUUGUGCCUUGUCUCCCAUCAGCAGGUGUGGUGGCAGAGAAAGUUGUGUGUACAUAGCAUUGCAAACAUUUGCACAAGGCUGACUUUAAGGCUUCUUUUGAAGUAAUAAAGCAGCAUAUGAAGGGGUGCAA